AUGGCGGCUGUCAUUUCUUCUUUUGCAGAGGAAAAAGAUACGACCUGGGUAGGCGUCGAAUCACUACUGAAUGAUCUUCGAAGUUUGGUUAAUGAUGAUGAAACUGGAGAUGUUCUGUUUCUUAUUGGGAAGGAAGAAUCACGCGUAUUCGCUCAUCGUUUGAUUUUGAUUACAAGAUGUGAAUUCUUUCGCAAAAGAGCWAGAGAACUUUGGUCAAAAUCAUACGGCCCUAGUUCUCCAUAUGUCCUUAAAAAACUUGGAUUUAAAGCAAGUGUUUUCAGGGAAGUYAUAGAUUUUAUAUAUACCGGAAAAAUCAAAUUUAAAAGUGAUACUGCUUUUGAAACGCUGCGUAUUGCAGAAGACUUGGAAAUUUCUGAUCUCCAAACRGCAUGUGAGAACUACUUCAUGAGUAGUGUUGAUGUCCAAAAUGCUGCUACUUUCCUAUCAGAUGCCAUGGCUCUCUCAGGGGGUACAGGUCCUAAUACUGAUGGGCAACAAUCUAAAGGAGCAAGGGCUCUGGUGGAUAAGUGUGUAGCAUUCAUGGAAGAGAAUGCAGAAGAGGUGGUACAUUCAAAGGGAUUUUCUCAGUUACCAAAGCCUGCAUUGAUCAAACUGAUAUCAAGUGACAAGUUUUCAGUAUCAGAAGAUGAAGUGUGGCGAGCUGUUUUAAAAUGGGCCAAAACGAAUACAGGAAUCAAUAAACCCACCUCACAAUGGACAGAAGAAGACCGCAAAAUAAUAUUACAAGAAUUAUCAGGYGUAAUUGACUACGUCAAACUUCUGUUAAUCAAUAGUACAGUGUUUGCUGAGGAGGUUGAACCAACUGGUAUUGUGCCUAUGGAACUGUCUUUGGAAAGAUAUCGAUUUGCUGCAGUUCCUACCAGGUUUGGAAGUCCUGCUGAUCCAAGACUGCGACCAAGAGUUGCCAGCAAGUUGUUUCAUAACAGUACAAUAUUAACAAAAGAUAAACUAAAAUUACAGAAAAUACUGAAUUCUUGGCAUGGGAAUGAAAACCAAGAAUGGCGACUGCUAUUCAAAGCUUCCAAAAACAGUUUCAUGGCAUCAGCUUUCCACAGCAGUUGUGAUGGUCAUUCCCCCACAAUGACAAUCGUUAAGGGUACAAAUGRCUGUAUUUGUGGUGGUUUCAGUGAUCAACCCUGGCGCAGUGAUAAUCARCAAGGAAAGUAUAUGCCAUCAAGCAGGUCUUUUUUGUUUACAUUGGUCAAUACAAGUGGUAUGACAGCAGCUAAGUUCAAUAUUGUACAACCUAAGUAUGCAACUCUUCAUCAUCCACAGUAUGGACCAAUGUUUGGUGCAGGAGCAGACCUAUGUAUCACCGAUAAGUGUAAUGUAGAUAAAACGUCGUAUUCCAAUUUACCAUAUUCGUAUWCUGGUGCRGACGCUUCRUCAGAACUAUUGAUGGGAGAAUAYUAUUUCACGGUUGAAGACUACGAAGUUUUUACAUUAAAAAGCGAUAAUAGCACGCAUAACAUUGAAAAGCCACAGAURUAUUAAAAAGAUAUUAUAUAUGAAAGAAUUAUACUGUAAAAUAUAAGUAAUUUUUAUGAAAAGGACGUUUCGGAAAAAAGUUUUUGUGGAAGAGUACUAUGUUGCUUAAUGCUGAAUUUUUCGAGUUUGUCUCAAAGUCGCGUGAGAUUUCAAAUCUGUUCGACCAUCAUAGGACARCAAACCAAUGAGAUAAGCUAAGGUUGAACCUGACAUGUUUGAUACUGAACAACGUCRCUAAAGAGAGACCACCUCACCAAGAGACGUCUUUUGAAAAUCAGGAAUAAUGCAGGGGUGGAGUAUAUUAUUCAUUUAGGGUYAUAUAGUGUCUGUACAAGCCAUCAACAAUAAGAGAACUUUUACAAAAAUUUGUCACCGAGUGAAAAGACCGCAAUGGAAUAUAAGUAUGUCGUUUAUUGUAUUAAGUUAUGUCCACGUUCCAAGUGUACUGCUAGUUUUAAGAAAUAGUUCCCGUAUAUGUAAGUUAGUUUGUCCAAAGACAAGAAAUAAAAGAAAACGACUGAACUUUCUUGGAAUUUGGGACUCUACCGUGUCUCUCAAAUCGUCCUUUUUUAUUCUAAACAUCUAUGCUAAUUCUUUAUUGAGACAGACGAAACACGUAAAACAACGUGUAUCGCUCUGAAAUUAAUAAAACACAAUAAAUACGACUAGUUAAGGUACUCCCAACAUUUAUUUCAACAGUUUACGAAGUCGAGGUAAUAAACAUAAUUAACGACAAUGCGACGGCUGUUUUUAUUUCAAAUAACUAAAAAGGAAAAAAAAAACGUGAAAUAAGUUACUAUACUUGUAAGAUUUUAUUCAAAAUAUCUAGUUCAAAACAACUUUCGGUAACAUUUGAAGUAAAGUUGGGUUGCUUGCUUUGAAGUUUCACUCCUGCAAACAAGAAAKUAGCAUAAUUGUAAAAAUGAUACAAGUAAGUGAAAUUUUUGUCGCGGUUGAGAUGCAUGCAUUGGGGAUUGAUCAAAACAUAUGGUAACUCGGCCUAGAGGARCUCUGCUUUGCCUCGUGUGCUAGCACCACUAUCUUGAUACAUAUUUACCUGUUUAUUGAUUUCCAUUCAUUUUGGCAAUUUUUUCCAUUCKUCGAGCUUCUCGUAAAGACAUGAUAUUUCUCAACCAAUCAUCAAAAUCAGCCUCUCGGGCGCUACCUUCGAGGGCUUUAACUUCACCGUUUUGUCGGGGAACUUCCCGUCUGCCGAUUUUGUAGAAUCCACUGGAAGGAUGCGGUACAAUGAGAAUAACAAGGAUAGCAAGAAAAGCCAAUGUUUUCACUACAGAUGUCAUAUUGGGCUUGGUUUGAGAUAACAAAUCAGAUUAUUAGAAUAACGAAGAUCCUUCCUACGUGCUGGAAUAAAUAUAAAGUAAACAAUAAGAAGAAAUGUUGUAUAAAUAAYUAUUAAUAGAGCGACAACAAUCCCACGUAAACUCCGCAAAGCGUCACAACCUGGUUUUAUAUAUUCAUAUUUCGGUGUCCUCAGUUUUCACUAAAGUUUAUUUAAGGGUUUCUUUCAAAUCAAAUGUUUGUCAGUAAGUGAUAGAAAUUAAUUACGGUUCACCAACAGUGAUUCUGUUUGUACUUAGGCUUCGUUGGCUUAGAGGUCACAGAUUCUGUCGCCGACUCCAUAAUUCAUAACAAUGACACUAUGGUUUACUGAUACUACGGACGGAAUACAGAAAAAAUACAAAAAUAAAAACUCAUUUCUUGCGAGAUAAUKAGAAUUUGAUAUCGCGCUUUGUCUUUCUUUACGAUCAUAAUUACAAAUAGAUGRCCCAUCAAAAAAGGCGACAAGGGUGGAGYCUUGGUUUACCGCUCGACUWUCUACCGUGUCCUGGGUGACGCAGUGGUCCAAUAGGYUCGAGUACCAACUCGCUCACAAGURAUAUGUUCAUUUGAUUCAAGUGUUUUAUUAGUUAUUUGUCUUGGUGGAAACCACGCGAUCAAGAAUAAAUGACAAGCAAAACUGGUAUCCCGAGAAAAUAAAUACUAAUAAAACGAUGUUAAAGACUCUUUGGGAUUUACUAAACUGUACGUGCUCAUCAAAUGUAUAAAGAUCUUCGUAUAAUUCUUGACAAACAAAUGCAUCACUAUACUGAAUCAUUCAAGCCAAGGGGCGGAUUAGCCUUCGGCUAUGAUGCUGUACAGCUUUAAUUCGAUUGRCACUUUCAGUACUAGAACGGCCUUGAACUUUUUCUGAACUGUUUGGGGAACUUCUUUAAAUGCAAAACGUUCUUAAGAAAAUAACGCAAACAACAACGCAGCCUACAUAGAAAGGUAUCAUUGUAAAGUCGUAUCAUAGAACAACCUUAUUAGACUUGAUUUAUAUAAACUUUACUUGUGUCUACAUCGCAAUAGUAAAAAAACACAAAUAUAUUAGUUGGUGUUUUUUAGGAACUUCACAAGUGUCGAAUUGUUCAGUUCUUUAAUAAAAAGCCGAAAUGUUGAGUGAAAUAAUGAGAUUAACGUUUUCGUACCAAUGUAGAGCAAAAAAAAACUUGAAAAAUGCGCUUUGAGCCUAGUGGGGGAGCAUAGUUUUCUAUGAUUUCUAGGUCGUUAAUUUUAAAAAAGACAUUUCAGCWACAUUUGAUGAAAAUCGACUAUAGUAACGAAAAAAAGCUAAAAAAAGCUACAAAUGUGAAGAAUCUCGCUUUAAUUGGCGCGGAGAGCUUUUUUACUUUUGAAUUUUUUUUUAUCAAAUCCACACUGUAGGUAAAUA